ACUCGUGGUCAUGGUGCGUCUGGUGUCUGUGCCUCCAACUGCCGUCGCUCCAAAUCACUGGAGCGCAGUCUGGCAGAACACACUCACACGCCUGACCUGUUAAAUUUUAAGAAGGGAUGGAUGAUGAGAUUAGGAGAAGAUGGAAAGUGGAGGAAGCAUUGGUUUGUUCUUACUAACCAGAGUUUAAGAUUCUACCGGGAUUCUGUUGCUGAAGAGGCUGCAGAUCUGGAUGGUGAGAUCAGCCUGUCUACAUGUUAUAACAUCACAGACUUUCCUGUGGAGAGGAACUACGGCUUUCAGAUUCACACCAAAGAUGGAGUUUUUACACUCUGUGCAAUGACUUCUGGGAUUCGCCGGAACUGGAUUCAGGCAGUUAUGAAGAAUAUUCAGACAUCUGUUGCCCCAGAUGUCACAUGCUCUCUUCCUCAAAAAGUGCCAAUGGACAUGGUUUCUAAAUGUAAAUCUGCCCUUGCUUCAAACUCUCCGUGUUCAGAGGAGGAGAAGAGGAGUAGUGUCGGUGAACGACGCAGAGAGGGGCGUUACAAAACCUUCGACUGGGCUGAGUUUAAUCACAUGAGGAAGAAAAGGGAGACGCUCAGCAGGCAGUCGGGAAUAGAAUCAGAGUUUGUCUGUGAGGACUCUGUGCCCCCAGCACCUGCACCAUCUCCUGAAGAACCUGUCACAAGCUCCAUCACAGUGAAACAUACAGAGACGGCACGGGAUCCACACUUUCCGAAGCCUGGAGGCUCCUCACCGCUCAUGGUGAGAUCCAGUAUUAUCGCCGGUAAGCCGGCCGAUCAGAAGAGUGCAGAGGUUGAUGGUGUGGAUGUCUCUAAUGACCUAGCUAAUGCACAGAUGGAAGAGAGAAAAGAGAUUGAUCUUUACACUAUGCCAUCACCAGCCACAUUUUGCUCAAUAUCAGUGCAAACAGAGUGGCAGUGGGACCUUGAGCUUCAAACAUUCCAUUCAGAACUGAAGGCCAUGUAUGAGAGAAGUGAGAGAGAGGCAAGGGAGUAUAUACUCUCUGAGGCCCGUCUGCAGGCUGAGUUGAGUGGCAGCCUAGACCGCCUACAUGAAACUGAAUCAAAACUACAGAAAACUGAAGCCACCUUAAAGGAACGAGAGAAUGCACUGGAGGAAUUGCGAAGUUCUCUGGAAAAAGUUUCAGAACUUCUGAAGGCUACAGAAGAGGCACAGGCUCUGAAAGAUGCUCGUCUACAGAGACACUUGCGCCUCCUUGAGGAGAGUCAGGAAAGAGAGAGGAGGAGUCUCGGUGAUAGUCUUGAGCAUGCAGAGAAGCGUGGAAAGGAACUGGAGGAGCGGCUUUUGCAAACAGAAGCAUUGCUGCAAAAUAUGCCAACAGGGGGCAUUGUGGAGCAGUUGGAGAGAAAGUGCCAAGAGCUGCAGAACCAGCUAGAUGAAUCAGACAGCGAACUGGGUAGGUUACAGGCACGGCUUCAGAACGAAGAGACGCUGUACUAUGAUCUGGAGCAUAACUACGAGCAAGUAUGUGAGGAGUUGGAGUUUAUGCGUGGUAAAUUGCAAAACUGCGAGAGGGUAUGCGAAGAGCGCUUUAGAAUCCAGUUAGAGCAGCAACAAGAAAAGCUUAAUAGGAAAGAGCACGAAUUGCAAGAAGUAUUUCUCAAAAUGGGUUGUUCAGGUGUGACUCUGGAAAUGACUGGCAUUUUUCAGCCACAUGUGUUCAACCAGCAUCUUCAGGAGGGCCCAAGCAAUGGGGAGAAGGUUGAGAAUUUGGGAUUUGAUGAUUUGGAGAAACAGCCAGUUAUACAAGGGGAUGAAUCAGAUCAAGUAAUCUCUGUGAUACAAGCAUUGGAGAGCAAGUUGUGUGACACAGAGGAGAGGCUUCAGGAGAUCACUGUGCAUCUCCAACACCAGCAGCAAAGACUUGGUGAUGAGGUUAAUGCUCAUAAAAUUGAUGAUCAAUGGAGUGUGCUGGUACCCAAUAAGUCAUAUGGACCAGGUACUAGAGACAACAACCCAAAUGGAAAAAAUUGUGGGAUCAUACAGGAAAAGAUUGCUACUAACGGUAAGGUUGGCUUGAUUACUAGUGAGAUGCUUCACUUUGAUCUCCAGGAAGCAUUGCAAGACAAAGGUACAAGUCCAGAGAAGAUUUUAUCUCAAGGGAUGACUAGCAGGAUGCUGUCCCUAGAAGCACUGGUCAUCCAGAGGAUGGCUUCUGCACUAGAGCAUCCCACCAAACACCUCCUAGAAGGUAUUUCAGAGUUGCAAUCCCAGACCAAGGCCCUUAGAGGGGCCUUUAAUGGGAGGCAUGAAGGGCCAGUCACAAGGAACUACUCACAGUUGUUUUCAUACUAUCAAGAGAUGGGUGAAGUAGGGUGCUCACUGGAUGAAUGUGAGAUCUACAGCAUGUGUAUGAAAGCAGAACUAGCAUAUCUCACAUACACAAACCACCUACACAAUACAGAGGAAGCGCAUGGGUCACAGGCCUAUAGUGUCCCAUUCUGUCUUGGGUCUGGGGUUAAACCUCUUGAUGCCAAAGGCAAGACCAUUUCUAAAAGAGGACUCUGGCUGUCUGAUGUCAGCCUGCCUGAACUGGUACCAUGUAAGCCACAGACGCAAAGUGAAAAGGCAGGAUGCCCCCCUGGAGACAUAGACAAAGACAGUCUAGUAGUAGAGCUGCAGGCACAGGCCCGUUCCCUCCAGGCCCUCUCCAAGCAGCUGCAUCCUUUGGAUGAAGAUACUGUUGCACUCUCUGAGAUUUCUCCAGUCCUUCUACGGACUGUGUUGUUCCAGGCCAUUUUAGCUUAUGUUACAUGCAAACUACAUGUGGCUCUGCAGCAGAAAGUACGUCUCUUGCAAGACCAGCAGGAGCAGGCUGCAUCCCAGUGCCACAACCUGGAGUCCAUGUUGCAAGAACAGACUGAGCGCUAUGAGGAAAGGCUGCGUGAGGACCGGGUGGUCAUAGAGGUGGCCGAGCUGGCACGCAUCUCAGCAGAGACUGAUGCCCAGAUAAAGGGACAAGAAGUGCAGCAACUAGAGGAAGAGUUUGAGAAAAAGCUCCAGGAUCUUCAGCAAAUGCAUGAAGCUGAGAUGACCAGUCUCCAUGGAUACUACACCGAGAACCAGUCACAGACUGUGACCCCGACAGAAUCCAAUAACGGAGAUGCAAUACUUUCUGUGACCACUAUGAAAGAAAGAAUCGGCGAACUGGAGCUGCAGGUUAAAUGCUUGAAAGAUGAGCUUCACAGAGGAGAUGCAAAAACCUUGCGACAGGCCUAUGAACAGGAAUUGGAGACACUGAAGGUCACCUGUGAACUUGGCUUCAGCAGCAUGGAGCAGAGUCAUCAGAGGGUGAUCGAGGAGAUGCAGCGGCAACACCAGAUAGAGGUGGAACAGCUGCUGGAAGAGAAAGAGAGGGUACUCCAGGAAGAAACCAAUGCCACAAUCGCAGCCAUUGAGGCCAUGCAUAAAGCCCAUAAAGAGGAACUGGAGAAAAGUCAAAAAGCUCAACAGAAUGGAGCCAGCACAGACAUCAACAAGUUGCGUGUCCAACUGAAAGACGAGUUGGAUUCGCUACACAGGGAGCUGGAAGUGUUGUCUGAGCAGUACUCGCAGAAAUGCCUGGAGAAUGCACACCUGAAUCGAGCCAUAGAGGCCGAGAGACAAGCCCUGAGCUCUGUAGAGAGAGAAAACCAGGAACUCCACACACGCAAUCAAGAGCUGAAUAAGCACUUGGUGGCUGAACUCUCCCUAAUCCAGUCUUGUGUGAAUGGAGGAGUGGACCAAGCAGAGCCCUCUCGGAGCAAAGAUGUGAUUCAGCUGGAGGUGGCAUUAAGAGUGAAGGAGUCAGAAAUUCAGUGUCUGAAGCAAGAGAUCAGCUCACUAAAGGAAGAGCUACAGGCUGCAAACAGACAUUGUAAGAAGCUGCUUAAUGAGUUGAGCGUUUCAGAGGUCAGAUGUCCAGCUGCCUUUGUUAAGCGCAGUGCUGAGACUUGCAGGCAGCGAAGCCAAAGUUAUGAUGUGAUGAAGUCAAGAAGUAAUCCUGACUUCCUGAAGAACCGAACUAAACCAAAGCAGCCAACCCGGUCCAAGAGUAUGAGAGAACCCCUCUCUUUUCAGGAGAGGAUGAAGCUUUUCGAAUCGGGCAGCAAAUAGAAAGAUCUGAUUGCGUCCCUGUAUCUGUGCACUUUUUCACUAUUUUUGUGUGUCGUAUAUGGGCUUAAAAUAAUCUUUAAUAUUUAUACAUAAAGGUAAUGGGUUUAUUAAUUUAUUUUUAUUCGAUAUAUUCUGAUGCUAAGAUCUUUCUUUGGUCCGUCCCUAAUCUGUGUUGUCGUACAUUUUGCUAUAUUUAUUUUUCUAGCCAUUUUAGUUCAUUUAAAAUGUAACCACUGC